CUCUUCUUAAAAGCCUUCUGUGUUGAAACACCCACAACUUCUGAAGCUGUUCUAUUGGGUAAUAGUUCUCACUGUUAGGAAAUUUCUCCUUAGUUCUAGGUUGCUUGUCUCCUUGAUUAGCUUCCAUUCAUGUUUCUUGUCUUGCCUUCUAGUGCUUUGGAAAAUAGAUCAACUUCCUCUUUGUGGCAGCCUCUCAGAUAUUUAAACACUGCUAUCAUGUCACCCCCUAGCCCUUCUUUUCAUUAGACUAAAGGUAAAGGUAAAGGUUCCCCUCACACAUACAUGCUAGUCGUUCCCGACUAUAGGGGCGGUGCUCAUCUCCGUUUCAAAGCCGAAGAGCCAGUGCUGUCCGAAGACAUCUCCGUGGUCAUGUGGCCGGCAUGACUCAACACCAAAGGUGCACAGAACGCUGUUACCUUCCCACCAAAAGUAGUCCCUAUUUUUCUACUUGCAUUUUUUACGUGCUUUCGAACUGCUAGGUUGGCAGAAGCUGGGACAAGUAAGGGGAGCUCAUCCCAUUACGUGGCACUAGGGAUUUGAACUGCGGAACUGCCGACCUUUUGAUCAACAAGCUCAGCGUCUUACCCACUAAGCCACCGCAUCCCUCUUCAUUAGACUAGCCAUAACCAAUUCCUACAACUGUUCUUUAUAUGUUUUACCCUCCAGGUCCCUAAUCAUCUUUUUGUUCUUCACUUCAUUCUUUUGGUUAAGAAAUAAAAACUGAGGCGAUAAAUGAAGGAUCUGAACAAAUUCUGUAAAUAUCUCCCAUUAGUGUUUUGGAGGUUCAGCAGCAAAUUCAGGCAGUCGUGGGUUAUUCAGUCCAGAAUAAGGCUUCUAUUGCAGCAUUCAUGGAACCUGGCUGUUUUAAAUGUUGACAAUUUGUUUUUAUCAAAAAGUGUAGUUUAUGGGAUCUGAUAUUUGCUUUGCUAUACUAAUAGCUGACAUCUGGUCUAUUCAGGAUCAUUAAUGCUCAACAACUUUAUAUCUCUGGUAUAUAUAGGGAAUUGUUAUUGUUUGAAGAAAAACAAUGAAAUGAAGUGUAUUUUUUCUUAAACAAUUUAUAAAGUAGAAAACUAUAUUUUAUUUAUAAGAAUUCAAUUACACACACACACACACACACACACACACACACACACACAGAGUAGGCGCCAUUGGUGCAAUCCCAAAACAACUGGAAUGCCACUUGAACACAAUUGAUAUUGACAAAUUCACCAUCAGUCAAUUGCAAAAAGCAGGUCUACUCAGAACAGCUUACAUUCUGUGAUGAUUUCUCUAAUAGCAUAACACAUCCACAUCUGCCUAUUCCAGAUCCUUGGGAAGGACAAUAGGUGGAUAAAAAUUCCAAAGCCAGCCUGAAUAUCUUGCUGAAUGUGGGAGGAACUAUACAUCCAUAAGAAAUUAACCUUUUGUAAAUUAUUUUGUUAAGACAUAGCCCUGAAAACUAGCAUGUGUUUUAAGUAGUAUUUAUGUGAAAAUAAAUAUUAACCAUCACAUGAUAAUUUUGAGGAAGACUUUAGUUGUUUUAUUUUAAACAUUUCCUGCCUCUAAGGAAUGGUUGCUUCCCCUGCUCAUAAAUGCUUAGAACAUAUACAAUGCUAAGAAUUAAAAUUAUCUGUGCAAACUGAAAAUACCGGUAAGUGAACAAAUAAUUUAAAAAAAGGAAAAAUACAUAAUGAAAAAACCUUUGAAAAUAUAUUCUAGCAUAAUCCUUAGCAAAUUUUGUAAUGCGAUGUAGGGAUUCCGUUUUCCUAUUCCUGGGAACAUAGUUUGGUUGUCUGAUUCCUCUACCAACAAGUAAACAACAUUUGUAUUAUUUGAAGCAGGUAACUAAUGAAAACAGUCAAUUUAAUACAAUAUUACAAAUACUAGGUAUAGUACAUACUAAAUAUCCAAGAUGUGACCAUAUAUAAUUAUUAUUUUUGUAUUGUGCUGUUUUUCCAUCUCCUACUAAAGUAUGUUUUACAUGGAUAAAAUGUUGCUGAGCUACAUCUUUCAGAGAAUCCCUUACUAUUAGCUUACGUUGGAAAUUGAGUCCAGCAAUGUUUGAAUUGCUGCAUUUUGUGCAGGCAGGUUGGGCUUACAAUAUAUGCAUUGGAUGAGACCUAUGAAACAAAUGACCCAUUUGUUUAAUUGGGUGCUCUUCAUCUAGUUUUAGGGCUUGAUUGGAAAACAAUCAUUUUUAGGUGAUAUUUAUGCAGAAAUAUUGAAAACUUGAAAGGAUAAAAAAACUUUUUAAGCACCACUGUUAAGAUCCAGAUCUAGAUUCAUUAGAUCUUAAUACAAUAUUAAAAAAUAGCCUAAUGAGAAGAGCUUAUGUUUAGCACCAUUGAUAAGGUAUUGAUACAAAAAGACAAAAGAUUUUGUUUGGAAUAAGAACCCUAAUCUCCAAUUAUUGCAGAACUAUUCCCCAGAGAUCCUAGCCAGCAUAUCACUAAGUGAGUAUUGCUGGGGUUUACAAUUCAGCAACUUCUGCGCUGCCAAAAGUUUCAAAGCACUAGAAAUUUAAGAAAUAAAGUUACUAUAUUAUAGAUUGAUAUGAAUUUAAAAUUAAUGGUUGAUUAGAGCAAUCCUUAUAUGUGACAUGUUAGGAGUCAGUUCAUAGAAUUCGUUAUGAUCUCCUUUCAUGGAUCCAUAUGAUGUUUGUAGACUUAAGGUAUGUUUGCAUGAAACUAAGAAGGAAAAUAUACUGUAAUUACCAUGCUGUAGUUUAAUAAACAAUGUGCUUGUGAGUACAGUAUGUGUUAAUAUUCUAUAUUUGGAUUUCCUAGCUAUAAAAAGCUUUAAGAGAAAAGUGACCUUCAGCGCCAGUUGGAUUACUAGGUAUAUCACUGCUGGCUUUUGCAAAACAGAAGUCAAGACACAGUUGAAACUUGCGUUUUUUAUUUCUGAAGAUGGCCAAAGAGCCUUUAUCUCUGUGUGUCCUGAACAAGAUAUUAAACAGAACUGAGAAUAAGCUACAAACUAUAAAGUCACAAUGUGUUGUAUUAGAUUCUGGCAUUCAGAAAUUAUCAGAGAAAUUUGACUUUUGGAAUAUGGUUCUAGAGCAAGAUGAGAUGCGGACAUCACUGCUAGAAGACAGGUUUAAUUCUAUGGAGAUAAACCUCUUCUAUAGCUAUAUCUGUGAAACUAUUCAGUGCCUACAUUCUCAAGUGAUAGAAAGUAUUCCUGAUCUCGCCAGAGUAUUGCCUACACUAUCAUCUGUUCUGAGGAGGAAAGAUAAGAACAAAAGAAUUAAGUCAGCAUGGGAAUCGGCACUGGAGAUAUUGGGACUCCAGGAAAAAGAUGUUAAAGUAUUCUGUACAUUUUUCAUUACCUACAGCCAGGAUGCAAACUACUUUCCUGAUAAACUAAGGCAAGAUUAUACUCAAGACAUCCAAUCUGUUGUAAACAAAGUGGUGAAUAAUCAAGUCCUUCAUCAUAGUCUGUUAUGUGCUAUUAAUGUAGUGGAAAAUAAGAAAGUUUGAAGAUAUAUCUAAACUGCAAAUAUAUUCUGAAACAAUACUUUUCCUCCAGAAAUCCUCGAAGGGAAAAUAUUUAAUUCAAAUCGAUUGAAAGAUGCAAAACUUACCAGUUUAUGUAUAAUUGGGAGAAGCAAUAUUGGCCUGCUUUACAAAGCUGUGCAACAGAUUACUUAAAUAAUAUUUGUGAAGUCUGAACACCAGAAAGCACAAUGUAAGUGCUAGACAUUUCCAUUUUGUAUAUAACAUCUUUUAAAAUCCUUCAAUUUCAGGAGAGGCGUGGACUGCAGUUAUCAUGUAUUUCAUUUUGUUGUUUCCCGUGUUAAAUAGGUCUACUCCUUGAAUAGCAGUGGAAUUUAUUUAUUUAUUUAUUUAUUGAUACCUAAAACCUAGUUUGUGUGGAUUUAGGCUAUUACUUAUAAUAUAAUAACAUGUAACAUUUUGCGGCACAAAUGUAUGAGUUUCUAUCAGAUGUAGCAUGCUGCCAAACGUUCAUUAUUGUCUAUACAACAGAAAUAUCACUAUCAAAUGUCUGUACUUGGUACAUAGGUGGCUGAAAAAUUAGGAGUGUGUCCCAAAGGUGAUGGAAAACUAUCCAACUGGAAAUAAAAAUCAGAAUUGCUCUCUGAUACUAGAGAGUCCAAAGAGAAAAUCUCAAAAAUCUCCCACUGAAUUGACAGUGGAUCCAUAUUUGAAUGACAAAAGAAAAACUUUUGUACAAAAAGAAGAGAUGAACGAUAUAAAAAAGCAGAUCUUUUUGGAUGAGCAGCUUUAUGAAUGAUAUAAACAGGAAGAAGAUAGGUAUCUGGCUUUGAAAAUUCAGAAGGAAAUGGACAGUGAACAGAAAACACUAAAUUGCAAAAAAGGUUCCCGAUUAUUAUUUUGCAUUCUACAACAUCUAAGGCAGUUAGAAAAUCCUCAGCUGUUUAUAGCCCAUACAUAGGUUUUUUUUUAUUGUUUUACAAUUUCUUGAAAAUUUGGUAAGAUAUCUCAGCAUUCAGAACAUUUAGAAAAGAUGAUAGCAACAAAAAUGCAGGCUGAAGUACUGAUGUUUACUGUUGCAAUCAAUUGUACCUUCCUUUUAGAAAUCUCCAUCCCAUUUGUUCAGCUUUAUAAAAAUGGUAAUUCUUCUUGUA